UCGAGUUCCGCCGGCGCAUCUUUUCGGGGUUCAAUCGAUUAAAACCGAUAUUACAUGGCCUAUCCAAAAUUAAAUUAACGAAUUGAAACACCAUCAACCCGCAAAUCAAUCCGAAUUUCACUCAUCCUCAUGUACAAUUUUUUUAUUUAUCCUGUUAUCGAUGUCAGGUGCCCCCGUGAUAAGUGAUAUAUAUCCUGUGAGCAGUGAUUGUUCAUUAAAGUCUGGAUUAAUAAAGUAACGAGAGAAAAAUAACGCAUACAUUCCGAUGCUGAGGUCUCGCUGGACGGUGAAAAAUCGGAGAUCGAUCGGUCGAUGAGAGAAAUAUCAAGUAAUCGUUGACUAGCUGGUGAAAAAAUGAGACUGGUAAUUUGUCUCUUUUUACUUGUGUCAUCGACUCAUCAGGAUUCAUUCCGGGAUCGGCAGUACCAUCGACCAACUCGUCCAACAACACCUCAGGACGUCGAGAAUAAUCAGACGGUCGCACCUGUUGGGCCCAAUGUGUGUCGGAUGCGGUCCCACAGGAGUUACUGCUGUCCUGGCUGGACCCGGAAAACGGAAACUGGUCUAUGUGUUGUUCCAAUCUGCACAAGACGUUGCGGUCCAGGUCGAUGCAUCCGUCCAAAUGUAUGUCUCUGCGAGGGAGGAUCGAUUGGAGCAGCUUGUCAGUCAUCCUCACAAGCUCCCCCAACACGAGGCCAUGAUCUUCACAGAGAGCCACAAACUAGUCGUCCUAGUGGUUCUGGAAGCUGCAGGGCACAAUGCAUCAACGGAAAUUGUGUGGAUGGUAGAUGCCAGUGUAGACCGGGAUAUCAGGGUGAAUUCUGCAAUGAGCCGAUCUGUCGUGAGCCAUGCCUGAACCAGGGAAGGUGCAUUGGUCCUGACAGAUGCGCCUGCAUCUACGGCUACACCGGGAGAAAAUGCGAAACGGAUUACCGUACAGGUCCUUGCUACACUAAAGUCAAGAAUGGACAGUGUCUGGUGCAUCUCCAGGGUGUUGUCUGCACGAGGCAGAUGUGCUGUGCCACCGUGGGGAAGGGCUGGGGACAUCCCUGUGAAAGAUGUCCUGCGAGACUCGACUGCGAGCUUGGUCACAUCAAGACUAAUAAAGGAGAAUGCGUUGAUAUCAAUGAGUGCGAGGCGAUUCCUGGUCUCUGCGAAGGCGGAAAGUGCGUCAACACCCCGGGGUCGUUUCAGUGCGAGUGUCCUGAAGGACAGGCUAGGGAUCUGGAGACUAAUGAGUGCAAGGACAGGGAUGAGUGCCUGGAAGAAGGUGUUUGUGCUGAUGGAAGGUGCAUCAAUACUCUCGGCGGAUUUUACUGCGUUUGCAAUCCAGGAUUUAUCCAGAGUCAAGAUCGAACAUAUUGCAUUGAUGGUCGACAAGGAUUGUGUUACACAGCUGUGAAUCACAACGGACAAUGCAAAAAUCGUUUGGGCAUGAGGCUGAGUAAAAAAGAUUGCUGCUGCGGUAAAAAUAUGGGGAGAGGCUGGGGCGAGGAGUGCUAUAUCUGUCCAGAUCCUGGAAGUGAUGACUACAACAAAAUCUGCUCCGAGGCCCAGCACAUCGCCAUAAACGAGUGCGUUUUUCGCCCAGACAUUUGUGGCGGUGGAAAAUGUAUCGACACAGAAGAUGGUUACGAGUGCGAUUGCUUCCCGGGGUACGUCAAGCAUUUGGGACGGUGCGAAGACGUCGACGAGUGCCAGGAGGGCUACUGCGAGGGUGGAACGUGUCAAAAUCUUCCUGGGAGCUUCCUCUGUCAUUGUCCCCCUGGUUUUGUCGUGUCCGGUGAGGGGAAGUACUGCAGUGAUCACGACGAGUGUCAGGACACGGGAAUGUGCACAAAUGGUCACUGUACGAACAUGAAUGGGUCAUUUCGGUGUCAGUGCAAUGACGGGUACAUUCUAUCGCCAUCGAAGAACACAUGCACUGACAUAAACGAGUGUUUGGAGAAUCCCCGAAUCUGUCUGAACGGCAGAUGUGAGAAUACCCCUGGUUCGUACCACUGUGUGUGCCAAUCUGGAUUCACGCCGUCAGGCGAUAACACCUUCUGCGUGGACAUGGACGAGUGUUCAACAACAGGGAUGUGCAACAACGGUAGAUGCGUGAACAUGGAGGGCUCCUUCAAGUGCGUGUGCGAUUCGGGUUUUCGUCUUGGUCCAGACCAGAGCCACUGCAUCGACAUAGACGAGUGCCUGAGCGCGCCAUGUCAAAAUGGCCGGUGCAAGAACACACCGGGUAAUUUCAAAUGCGAGUGUAACCUGGGAUUUGAUCUCGGGCCAGACGGUCGAUCCUGCCUGGACACACGCCGCGAUCUCUGUUACUCUCAAUACCGGGACGGUCAGUGCUCGAACCCAACAUCAACAGCAGUGACAAAAUCGAGCUGCUGCUGCUGCACAAUAAUCCUGGGUCAGCCCCUGGGCUGGGGAAGCAGCUGUCAACGCUGUCCCACCCCGAAUACCCCUGAAUUCGACGCUCUCUGCCCCCACGGCGCCGGUAUGACGUACAACGGUGACGACAUAAACGAAUGCGCCCAGAAUCCCAACAUCUGCGUCAACGGCGGCUGCGAGAAUCUGAUGGGAACAUAUCGCUGCAUCUGCGACAGCGGCUACGAGUUGGACUCCACUGGUAAGAUCUGCAGCGAUAUCAAUGAGUGUGACCUAGAGCAGUCCCUCUGCAGCGGUGGUCAAUGCCGAAAUACACCGGGAAGUUUUCAAUGUGUAUGCCCAACCGGCACGAGAUUAAACAGCGCUAACCAGAUGUGCGAGGAUAUCGACGAGUGUGACGAACUCGGGGCUGAUGUCUGCAUCAACGGCAUCUGUAUCAACACGAAGGGCUCCUACCAGUGCGAGUGCUCCAGUGGCUACAUCCUAGACAACACCGGUCACAUAUGCAUGGACAACAGACGAGGCACCUGCUGGACAAAAAUCAUAGACGGAAGAUGCGAGAAUAAUUUCCCGAGACUAGCACUGAAGUCAGAGUGCUGCUGCUCGGUUGGCGUCGCCUGGGGCAGCCCCUGCGAAACCUGUGAUUACUCACUCUGCGAGUGCUCUAAAGGAUACGCUAAGGUAGAUGGCAAGGCCUGUGCUGAUAUCAAUGAGUGCGAGCUCAACACGGGAAUUUGCAAGGGUGGAGGAACUUGUGUAAAUACUGAUGGCUCGUACAGGUGUGAGUGCCCACCGGGACUGACCCUCGAUGCCACCCACACGACCUGCAUCGAUACCAGACAGGAGACGUGUUUUAUGGAUUAUCGGCAUGGACAGUGCACCAGUCCCAUUGAGGGUCGCUUCUUCAAAAGUAUCUGCUGUUGCUCCGUGGGACGAGCCUGGGGCAGCGACAAGUGUGAGUUAUGUCCCAAGCCGGGAACACAGAUGUUUACUGAGCUGUGUCCCAAAGGGGAUGGAUUCACAGAGAAGAUCGAUAUCAAUGAGUGCAUCGAGUUCCCUGGUAUGUGUCAGAAUGGACGGUGCAAAAAUACCGUGGGAAGCUACAGCUGUCGAUGCAAUCAGGGAUACGCUCUUGAUGAGAAUGGAAUAAAGUGUAAUGACAUCGAUGAAUGUGAAAUAAUGCACGGGGUAUGCGGUAACGGCACCUGCGUUAACACCCCUGGUACAUUCCAGUGUGAGUGCGACGAGGGAUACAGGGGCUCGGACAUCAUGAAGGUAUGCAUGGACAUCAACGAAUGCGAGGAGACACCUGGUCUCUGCAGGGGUGGCACCUGCAGAAAUACCGAGGGAGGGUACAAGUGCAUCUGUCCACCGGGACACGAGUUGAGCCCUGACAAGCUCUCCUGCAAGGACAUUGACGAGUGCUCGAGAACGAGUGGCAUCUGCUCCAACGGCGUCUGCGAGAACAUGAUGGGAACGUAUCAGUGCAUCUGCGACGACGGCUUUCGGCAGACUGGGCUCAAGUCCCACUGCGAGGAUAUCAACGAGUGCGCGGUGAACAAUGGUGGCUGCGAGGAUGUCUGCACGAAUACUCCUGGGAGUUUCACGUGCUCCUGCGGCCCGGGGCUUGCUAUUAAUUUGGAUGGACGGACGUGUUCGGAUGUUGACGAGUGCAAGGAGAACCCGAGAAUAUGCAACGGGGGCAAGUGCAGUAAUUCCGUAGGAACUUAUUCCUGUCACUGCACCCAGGGUCUGCUUCCUGGAAAUGAUGGCACCUCGUGCAUUGACAUCGACGAGUGCGUUACGCAGCCCAGGGUGUGUGGCUACGGUGAGUGCAGAAACACCAUUGGAUCGUUUGAUUGUCGGUGUGAUGAGGGAUACUCUGUCAAACCCGACGCCGGCCCAGACUGCACGGAUGACGACGAGUGUCUUCUCAAUGAUCACUCGUGCAGUGAAUUCGCUGCCUGUCAGAAUACUCCGGGAUCCUAUCAGUGCACCUGUCACAACGGCUUCACGGGCAAUGGCCUUGAGUGCAGGGAUAUCAACGAGUGUCUUGUCAAUAAUGGAGGAUGCGAUAUGAAUGCCCAGUGCAUCAAUACCGAGGGCUCCUUCAAGUGCGUCUGCGACGCUGGGUUCACGGGGGAUGGAUACACCUGUCGUGACAUUGACGAGUGCACCAAUGAUCCCACUUUGUGCGAGAAUGGACACUGUCUCAAUUAUCCGGGCUCUUUCAGAUGUGAAUGCGAAAUGGGAUUCAUGCAUCCUGAUGAGAAUAAUGAGCAGGCCUGCAUUGAUAUCAAUGAGUGCGAUAUGUUCAGGAAUCUGUGCGUCUAUGGAAAGUGUGAGAAUAUAUUUGGUAUGUUCAGGUGUGAGUGUGCGGAUGGGUACAAGUUGGAUGGAUCCGGUGGUAACUGUACGGAUAUUGACGAGUGCGAGAGUCCCCAGGCUUGUCAGUACGGCAAGUGUGUUAAUACUCAAGGAACCUACAGGUGCGAGUGCCCGGUUAAUCAUGAACUGGUUGAGGCAGGUAAUGCUUGUGUCGAUCGUCGAGAGUCACUAUGUUUCACCGGUGAUGAGCGCGGUACUCGUCGUCCGCAGUGUGUCUUCGACAUGUCCUCCUCCGUGACUAAAGCCACCUGUUGCUGCAGCAUUGGAAAUGCCUGGGGUACCCGUUGCGAAGAGUGUCCAGAACUUGGUACCAGAGAAUUUGAGGACUUGUGUCCCGGUGGUUUGGGUUACCGGCCAAAUCGAGUGACAGUCAUCCUCGAGGAUAUCAACGAGUGUGAGGAGCAUGAGAACCUGUGUCAGAAUGGCCACUGCACCAACACUUUCGGGAGCUUCAUGUGCUCCUGCAAUGAGGGCUUUAUCCUCGACGCUACGAAGACGAGCUGCAUUGACAUCGAUGAGUGCUCGUUACAUCCUCAAAUCUGUGGAGUGGGUUACUGCAUCAAUGACCAGGGUAAGUAUCACUGCGAGUGUCCAGAAGGCUAUAUGUCGAUGCCAGGUGGCAAGGAGUGCGUGGACAUGCGAAAGGAAUUAUGUUACAUGAAAUACGAAAGUGGUGAGUGUACCCACUCGAUGGUCCAUCCACAGACGAAGAUGUUGUGCUGUUGCUCGAUGGGUGCGGCGUGGGGUCAGCCCUGCGAGAGAUGUCCAGGUGAACGAACACGUGAACACGAGAUUCUCUGUGGAAUGGUACCUGGACAAAUCAUGAAUCCCAUCACCAAUCAUACUGAAGAGAUAGAUGAGUGUUCCCUGAUGCCGACAAUGUGCACACAUGGAAGGUGCAUCAAUACACCGGGUAGCUUCGAGUGCCAGUGCGACAUCGGUUACGUCUACGAUGAGGACUCCCACCAGUGCAUCGAUGAAAAUGAAUGCCAGCAGACGCCUAAUCCAUGCUCCGGUAACGCCCAGUGCAUCAAUCUCCAGGGCACCUUUGAAUGCCGAUGUCCAGUCGGUUACAAAUUGGGAAUAAGUCAGCGCAGCUGUGUCGACAUAGACGAGUGCUUUGAGAGACCUGGAAUUUGUGCCAAUGGUAUCUGCAAUAAUCUUCAGGGUAGCUUCCAGUGUGUCUGUCAUUUGGGCUUUGCUCUCACUCGAGAUCGAGACUCAUGCGUCGACAUCGAUGAGUGUCAGAGGAAUCUCAACAUCUGCAACAAUGGCACAUGCAUCAAUACCCUGGGGUCAUACAAGUGUCAGUGCUACGAAGGUUUCAAGCUGAGCCCGAAUAAUGAUUGCGCAGAUAUCGAUGAGUGCAGAGUGAUGCCGUUCUUGUGCAGAAACGGUAGAUGCAGAAAUGUCGUUGGCUCGUUCAUAUGUGAGUGCGCUGAUGGAUACAUCCUGGCUCAGGACGGACAGCAUUGCAGGGACAUCGAUGAGUGCGUCGAGAUACCGGGUCUCUGUCCCUAUCCUGGCAAGUGUCAAAAUCUCAUGGGCUCGUACAUAUGCAGCUGUCCUCCAGGCUACGAGCUUGACAGCAGUAAGAAGAGAUGCGUCGACGUAGACGAGUGCGUGGAGACCCGGAAUAUCUGUGAGAAUGGAAAAUGCAUAAACACCGAGGGUGGCGUUAUCUGCGAGUGUCCCGAGGGCUACAAACUCAGUGACAAGUGGAAUUCCAUGACCUGCAUCGACGUCAGGGAGGAGCAGUGCUACGAUAAAUUCAGGCGAGGACAGUGCAUGGCCCCGAGAUUGGGUGGUAUGACUAAGAAGCACUGUUGCUGCACGAUGGGCAAGGCCUGGGGACGGAACUGCGAGAUGUGCCCGAGGGAGGGAACAGAUGACUUCAGGAGUCUCUGCCCAGAGGGUCCAGGACGAGACGACACUGGUGUCGAUUUGAAUGAAUGUCUUUUUAUGGAAGACGUUUGUCACGGUGGCGACUGCAUCAACACCGAUGGCUCGUUCCGGUGCGAGUGCCCCCCUGGCUACACCCUCGACGAGACAGGACGGAGGUGUGUCGACCAGAACGAGUGCAUUCACAAUCAGAACAUCUGUGGAAAUGGCACCUGCUCCAACGUUGAGGGGGGAUUCGAGUGCUCCUGCAGCAGUGGCUUCACACCGGGUAUCAAUCAGGUCUGUGAAGAUGUAAACGAGUGCCUGGAGAUGGGGAAUCAGUGCGCCUUCAGGUGUCACAAUGCACCUGGUUCCUUCAGGUGUAUCUGUCCUUAUGGAUACGUUCUAGCAGCGGAUGGAAGGCACUGCAUCGAUGUCGACGAGUGCUCAACACCAGCAAAUAAUUGCAAAUUCCAGUGUAAGAAUCUCAUCGGUAGCUUCAUGUGUAUCUGUCCACCAGGAUAUCAGCAGAUUGGAAUGACUGAUGAGUGCAAGGACGUUGAUGAGUGCUCCGUAAAUUCUGGACUGUGCAGAAACGGCCGGUGUGUUAAUCUUGAGGGGAGUUAUCAGUGCAGGUGUUAUGAUGGAUUUGAAAGCAGUCAGGAUGGUAAGUCAUGCAUUGAUAGGAGAGUUGGUUACUGCUUCCUGAGGACAACAAGUGGCAGGUGCACUGCGAGAACAUCCGAAUUAAAAACAGUCACAAAAGCUGACUGCUGCUGCACCAUGGGCGCUGCCUGGGGAGCUCACUGCGAACUCUGUCCCUCGAGGGACUCUGAUAAUUAUAAUGAACUCUGUCUGGAUAAAGGGUUCUCCCUCGACGGACAAGACAUCGACGAGUGCCGAGCAAUUCCUGAUCUGUGCAGAAAUGGUAUAUGCAUCAAUACUCUGGGAUCAUUCAGGUGUAUUUGUAAUAAAGGAUACAGAGCGGACAGGACAGGGACGCAGUGCCAUGAUGUCAAUGAAUGCGAGUUAACACCUAGUCCUUGUCAAUUCAGCUGUCAGAACACGGAGGGGAGUUUCACGUGCUCGUGCUCUGUUGGAUUUAUUCUGAAUUCCGAUGGCGUGGGCUGCAGAGAUCUUGAUGAGUGCGCCACUGGGAAUCAUUUGUGCCAGCAGAAGUGCAUAAACACAGAGGGAAGUUACACAUGUGGAUGCAGGGAUGGCUAUACCCAGCAUGGAGAUGCUUGUCAUGAUAUCAAUGAAUGCGAACAGCACGGAACGUGUCCCAAACCUGGUACAUGUAUCAAUACACUUGGCAGUUUCCGGUGUAUUUGUCCAAGAGGUUUUAAACUCGAUCACACGGGCAAAUUCUGCACUGAUAAUAACGAAUGCAGUGACGAUGGAACUUGUGAGCAUGGAUGCCAGAAUUUCAUGGGCACUUAUCGGUGCGGAUGUCCGGAAGGAUUUGUUCAGCAUCUUUAUUAUAAUCAGUGCAUCGAUGAGAAUGAGUGCAAUAGUUCACCCUGUGGGGAGAGUAAUUGUAUUAACACUCUGGGGAGCUACAAGUGUGGAUGCUCUGAGGGUCAUCAGUUUGACAACAAUCGUCAGAGUUGUGUUCAGGUGAGUGCUGGAUGUGUGGGGAGUCCUUGCGCUUUUGGCUGCAUGGCCACUGGAUCCAAUGGAUUUUUAUGCGGCUGUCCCAGUGGAUAUCAACGCAUUGGCCAGGGACAUUGUCUCUCCACGAUUAAUCCAAUGGCUCAAGGAGGAUACAGAGAGGACAUCGGUAAUGUUCCGACCUACGUCAUCAAUCCGGAUCCAUAUCACAUUCCACCGGCUGACGACAAAAUUAUUUCCACGGAAGGAUGCUUCUCGUGCAAGAUUAAUGGGAAGGAGAGGCACAGAAGAGGCACCAAAAUUCGACAUGGCAAUCACACGAUUGCUCUCGCGCAUUUUUCAACGGGGAGUAGAAAAUUCCGACAGCUGUCGAAGAAAUCGAUACUUCGAAAAGGAAGAAGGCAUCAUCAUGGAGAGGAAUAUGUUAUGAAACUCCAUCUCAAACAGACGAAACAUAAAAUGCGCAUAAUAAAGUUGCAACCAGCGCUCAAGGACGAAAAAAUGGAGUACACGAUAGUAAAAGGGAACAAAGCGAAUCACUUCGAGGUGGCGAUGGACAAGGGUGGAAUAUGGGCCCUGCACUUCAGACAUCAAUUGAAAAAAACUGGUGAAUUCAAAGUCGUCAUCCAUGGCCGGCCAGUCAACGGGAUAACAGCUGAGAACGAAAUCUGGGAGAAACCUCUGACAUUCAGAGUUCACAUCGUCGUAACGGCGUAAAAUCUCUACAAUGUCGAAACACUAUUUUCCAAGCUCGAAAAACGAACAGAAUAGAAAAAAAAAUCGAGGUAAUACACGGAAUUCAAAUUUCACCAGUUAAAAAAUUAAUAGAAGAUCGGAUUUUUAUUUUCGCACUGAAAUUAUCGAUUUUAUUUACUUCGAAUAACAAAAUUAAUGAAAUAUCAUAAUUAAAGUAAAAUAGAAACAGAAUAGAAUGAUAGAGUCUGCUCAUUUAAUUUUGAUAGAAUUCUUAUGAAGAUGUUCUUCUGUUGAAGAUUUUCAAUUUAUCGUAAUGUGCCUCGAGGAAUUUCUAUUCUCACACUGCCAAAAUAUAUAAUAUAUAUUCGUUCUUAAUUAAACCCGAAACGCUUGCCAAGUAUUCAAUGUGACAAAAAGAUCUAUGAAAUUGUGUUCGAUGAAAUUUGUGUUCAGACUGUAAUUGUCUCAGAAAAAAUAUUUAAAUGAUGAAUUAUAAGACGUACGAAGUAUAAUUUCCUGGAAAAAUGAGACUCACGCAUU